GUUAAAGUUAUAAUUACAGUGUCAAAUUAUUUACAGUCCACUAAUCCUUUUACCGGCAUUUAUAUCGCGAGAGUAUAUUAAUGUUAACCGAUGCAACUCGUGAUCAUUUGGUUCUUCGAGCCGGAUUUACAAAAGUGAACAAAUAUCGAGUGAAACAGUGAUAAAACUACCAUUUCAAGUGACUGUGAAUUUGGUGAAAAUGUUUCAAAUACUGUGAAACUGUAUCUUUUCUCAUAUUGUUAAUUUAAUACACUAAUAGAGAUUAUUAAAUUCAGUGAGUCCCUUCAGUUUUCUUAUGAGUUCUCUAUACUCGCCUCUUAUCUAUGAAUACAAAAACAGGUCUCACUCUCCUUAUCUACACAGUUUUUUUCUCUCGAUUCGUCACUUCUAUUGUACGAAGCAAUUCGUACAAUUAUCAACUCUCUUUCAAAGAUACAUAAUUAAUUAAAUGACUCGACGCUUACUUUUGCGAAAGACAAAAAUUGAACACUUUACAAAGUCUUUCCCCUUUUCUCUUUUCAAAACGAAAUAAAUUCGCACUCUUUUUCUACAAAUAAGCUAUUAUCAUGACUGUCCCAAGGAAAGAAAUUUCCAGAAUUCUACAUGAACAAGAGACUCUUAUAUCUUCAAUUUCCCAAGUGAUGCACCGCCUUGAAAGACGCACGAAUUUUCCCGAGCCAUUCUUACGUGAACGUUUGGCCAUGUUAAAAUCGGACUGGGAAAGGUGUCGACAAUUAAAUGCCCAACUGGAGGAAAAUUAUCUACCAGAAGAUGCUCAUCUACCCUACUUCGCUGAUAAAUAUUUUUCGGUUGCUGAGAUAACUUUUGAGGAUACUGUCGAUUUGAUUUUGGAAAAUUUACCCGAGCAGAAGGAACACUUUGCAGUCAACGAUGGAGCUCAAUCUCUAUCAAGACUACUUAAGCCUCGAGUUACCUUGCCAGAUUUCAGCGGUUUGUAUACAGAAUGGUUGUAUUUCCGGGAAAUGUUUAAAUCUCUUGUCAUCGAUGACGACUCUUUAAGUGACAUCGAACGUCUUCAAUAUCUAAUCACCAGUUUAUAUGGUGAAGCUCAGACUAGGCGGUGAGAUCAGCCGGCGAGAACAGGUUGACGUCCAUUUUCCUUGCCAUGCGGUCGGCCAAUAUUUUCCUGUUUUCUCUCGGUUUUUCCAUGCAAAUUCACUAUAAAGAUGCCAAAUGAGAGGACAAUUCCUGGAACCCAACAAUAUCACUCAUUUAUUCCUAUUUCUAAUAAUGAAAUGAUUUUGAGGAAAUUUUCAUCUUCAAAUGAACAAAAAAUUUUCCCAACACGAAAACGUCAUUUGGAAAAGUGUUUAGUACAAAAACC